AUGGCUUUGCGCCUACCUGGCCGCGCGCCUACUUGGGCGUGUCCCUUAUUUUCCAACCUUUUAAAAAAUUUUUUUAUUUUCACAUUAAAAGCAACACAAAAAAUGUUAACUCCAUUUUUCCAAUUGGAACAAAACGACAUUUUUUUGUUUGUUAAAGUUUUAGCUCCUUACUGCAAAAUUGUGGAUGCUGAAGUAAUUUAUGGGGACAGAGAAUUUGUUUUUAAUGCUUCUCCCUAUUUUUUGCGGCUAUUUUUGACUGGAGAUGUUGUUGAUGAUGAGACGGGGACUGUAGAAUAUAACAGUGAAAAGGGAGAAUUCACCAUUUGUAUGCCAAAAAAAUCCAAAGGAGAAUUUUUCCCUCGAUUGGAAAUGUUGAGCGAAUUAAUUAAACCACAACAACAAUUACCUACUGCAAAAUCACCUAUUGAAAUAAUUAACUCGAGAAAAACUGAAACAGAUGAAGUUGAGGGUUCUUCACAAAGUUUUGAAGAGGAGGAAGGAGAAGAUUCUUUAAUUAAUGAUAAAUCCCUCUUUGCCAAACAAACACUUUAUUGUCCUAAAACCAUCAAUUUACCUGAAAAUAAUAGUCAACUUGGUUAUGGUUUUGGUUGGGUACGUACUGAUGUUUUGGGUAAAUUCAAAGAAGAAAUUGUCGAUUUAAUUGAUUUGGAUGAUCCGGAAAAUGUUUUAAUUGAAGAAAGAAGUCAAAAAUUGAAACAAUUUGAUGAAAAACAUUUUUCUGAACAAUAUUAUUUGGCAGAUUUAUUCUCUCAAGAACAAUACCAACUCGAUGCUAUGGAAUUUUGUUUUGAUAAAAAUUGUGUGAAAUUAACUGAAGAAGAUUUUACAGACUUGAAGGAUUUGAGAAUAAGAAAGUUGGAAAACUUUUCCAAGGAAAUUAAUGAGAAGAUAGCUCUAUCUUUGGUUGACAUUGUUUUUGGUUUUGCUUAUGAUUUUAGAACAACAUUGGGAGAACAUUCAGUAGAAUCUGGCUGGACAAUUUCUAAAUUAUCCCCUUCAUUAACUUUUCUUGUUAAAUGGUCAAAUAUACAAGAAGCAAUAUCUUCAACUAUUAGACAUUCUUUAGUGUUACCAAUGAUUAGAAAUUGGGAAUUGAGUUUGAAGGUUAUGCUGGAUGUUGGGACAAUUAUUGAAAAUGGCCGUUCAUCAAUUUUACAUGUUCUUUUAACAUGCAGGCGUAUUUUUAAUAAAAGUGGUGGUGAAUUUCGAUAUUUAUUAAAUCAACUUUUUAUUGACGAUUUAUGCCUUUGGAUUCAAUCAGUUGAUGAACAAUUAAUUUUAAAUUUAAAUAAAGAAUUUAAAAAUUCUGUGAAUUCUCUGGAAAAAUCAAACAUUUUGGAAUUAGAUUUGGAAUUUAUCGAAGCACAGGCAAAAUUAGAAAUGUUAAAACCGUUGGAUUCUGAUGAUGAUGAAUAA